UAUCCCGCUCCUCGGCUGCGUGGCCUCAGUCUGGAUCUGUUUUCUAGCUAGAUGGGCUCGAUGUCACACGCUGCUAGCAAACAGGUCGCAAAGGUUGAAAGUUCACGUUUUGGCGCAGUCUUCAUCUCGUUUCGGGGGCUUUUUUCUGCGCUGCUUGGAUAAUACUGACUUGGACCUUGGAUAUGUGCACACAGGACGAUGACAGCCCCUUUCCACCCCGUAGAAGUAAAUAAAAUAGGCUUUCGCACACAGUGGAUUUACUCCUGUCGUUCCAUAUGAAGAAGUCAAAAAUUUGGAUACGCGUCUGUGUUUGUUUACUGCUCUUCAUCCCGCUUGAGGUAUAUGCAAGUUCUUUAGAUGCCGGCAACGUGAACCCCGGCAUCGACACGGUCAAGAUUUUGAGACAAAAUAUUCCCAGUGAUUACAAAAUUCAUAUUAAUUACUUGCCAAAAAAAGAGGCUGGGAUGUGUUGGGUAACUUUGAAUCUCUACGACUUGGAGAAGAGUUUAGAGGAUUUAAAAAGUAAGUUUGGAGACAAAGCAUCCAACAAAGAAGACAUUGGUAAAUUAGUUGAAAUUCUCCAAGCGCUGCGGAUCCAAAUCAAACAGGACUUAUUGGAGGAGAUCCUGAUGACAUAUCAGUGCCACUUCCAGAGCAGCGCUUGGCACAGAGAACAAUAUUUUGACUUUGUCGAAGAAAUCCUUAAAGCUGCUCAGAACGAAGAGUCUGUAGACGACUGUGAUGAGCCUCCCGCAUGUCCGUCCACACAACAACCAGGAACAACCGACGGACCAACCACUGCCCCACCGCCCCCCACUCCCACCCCCACCUGUGAGUCGGACUGCGGUUCGUCCAAGGAAAGACUCAUGUCUGAGAUUGUGGAGCGAAGCCUUUUCUCUUUGCUGUUCAUUCCGCUCGUAGCCCUCAUUGUUCUGCUCGUCUGGAGGGUCAGGUCACGAAGGAACAAGGAGGUUGAGCGGAAUCCUGGAGAAAACGGACCCUUCACAGGAACUGAAGGGACGGCGCCGCCGCUAAACGGCGACGUCUCGGAGAGAAACAACCUGAAUGUCAGUGAAACAGUGUAACUCUUCUCCCCUCGAUGUUCCUCGGACUAAUUGGGCUCUACUGUUUCUCCUGUUGGUGUCCAAAAGUGGUGAAAAACUAUUAAGCAGCAGUUUUUUAUAUUUUCUUAUUUUUUUUGAGGUGAGAGGCCGUUUGACUGCUCUCCAGAUUCACGAUGGCAGAUCGAUUGAAUUGAUGAUCGCUAUGACCAGAAUCUUUUUUUUUUUUUUUUUUUUUUUUAACCACGUCUGCUACCAUAUGGAUAAGCUUGCCUUUCUUGUAAGACUGCGUUAACCCCGUGCUUAAGGAAGAGGCCGACCUUCUAGCUUCCCCACUCCAGACCGCCACUGGAUUCUCGCGCGUCAGCACCUGCUGCUUCAUGAACUCUCUGGAGGGGAAACGUCGCCUCCCCGACGUGUUGCUACAGUCUGCCUGUGUUUUUGUGGGGGGUGGGGGCACUGGUUAAUCUCCAAACGGCAGAGUGACUGACACUGGUUAUCUCUCUGAACUACGGCAUGACUUUACUACCUCCAUGGACCCUUGCGUUAACCACAACCUCAACAGCUUCGCAGUUUCCUGAAGAGUCUAAUGUUAAACCGCUCAGUUCCAUAUUGUAGUGUCUGGUUCAUGUUCCUGCAGGGGUGUGUGAUGUAUUUAUUUAUUGGUGGUGGCCCUGAGCUGCUGCUGUUGAUACAACUAAAUGUUUGAAGCUAUAUUUUAAGAGCACCUUUACUAAUGGGUCACAUUUAAAGAACAAACUGUACAAACACGUAACUGAACAGUGACAUUUCUUGUAUUUUACGUUUUUUAUCGGAGUCGGCAAAUCACAUGCUUCCGCCCGGACUAAAUUGUAUGUAGAUGGCUGAAUGUGCGGUGAGGGACGACUUCUGUGGAUCCAGGACUGCAUUUGUUUAAAGCGAUGUCUGCUAGUGGGCGUUGGACACAUGCAGAGUGAAAAACCGAUGGGCCUCCUGUAGGAACUAACAGACGAAUGCCUUCAUUUUUUAUCUAUCAUUUAUACUCGUGAGGCAGAAACUGUUACAGGAAAGAAUUCAUCACGACACGAAGGUUGUUCACCGACCCUGGUUGAAUAUUCAAACGCUGCAUAUGUAAAGUGUGUAAAUCCGUUUUUAACUGUUUAUGACCACAUGUACCCGGUGAACUUGGACUGUCCCAUCUCAUGGUUUCAUCUGUUCCUAAUGACUUUGCCUUUGUCCAGUAUCAGUGUUGUGCUUGCCAUCAUUAAAUCGACAAUCUGACGACGCUACUUGGUGCAUUUAUCAAGUGUUUAAAAGCUCUUAACAUUUCCACGGCUGAAGCUGGUUGACGUGUACAGGUGAUGCUCAGUGAGUCAGCACAGAUGUGCACGCUCAGAUCUGCCUUAAAGUUCUGAGCCGUAACACGGGUUUGACAUUUUAUAAGCAACAGGGCAGGUUGAUAAAGUCCUGCAGAGCCGGCUCCAUUCUUCAGUGUUGGUCUCCUGUUGAAUUCCCCACGCCUCUGAUAGCGGCUUUUAUCAGGAGGAAGGCGGGAGGUGUUAAAGCAUCGAUGGACUGGACCCAUGAAGCUUUGUCUGAACACAACCUGACCGUUGGGUUGAGGCGACGCCUCUUUGGGUUUUCCCCGCUGUUCUCAGUCGCUGCAGGUUGAAGCUGUGAACAACGUAUUCAGUGGUCCCCCAUGUUCCUGUCUGUGCAACAGCCAGGAGCAGACGUCCCUCUGUGUGAUUGGUCCUGGACCAGUAUCAGUCCAUCCAGACCAGAGGACCCAGUGGCUCUAGGCAGGAAAGAGGUCUGGGUGCCAAAGUGUGAUGUAAUUAUUGCCCAGUCGCUAAUCUGGGUGAGAACUCUACUGUAUUCUGUAUUUUUGUAUAAAUGUAAACAUAUAUAUGAAUAAAAUACAUGUAUCCA